AUGGCCAUCCGUAUUGGACGUCUCUUCAUCGGAACAAUAACCAGCCGAUCUAUUUCAACAGCAGCACGCCAAGUCGAACUUGACAAUGCCAUGGAGAAGAUCAAAUGCGAUAUACUCGGACUAACAGAGGCCAGGAUACCGUACAGCGGAAGCUAUGAAUUACCGUCAGGUACGAUUCUAUUCCACUCUGGUGCCAAAACUGCCCACCGUGGUGUAGCUUUCGUUACAACCGCUAGCCCGUGA